UGCCAUGCGUCCUACACCCUGACUCUCAGCAAAACAGACGCAAGGCAGGGCUGAGCGAUGUUUGACGAGCUCUUAUUGCAACCAGCGGGACCCUGAAACCAAUUGAAAGCCCAGGAGCGGACAUAUUGAUUCCGAAGCUCACAACAACAGUCCACAUCUCCUGUCCGCGGCCUGACUUCAUGGAUCCCGGUGGAAGCGAACUGGACUCCAGCCUGCCUCAGCCGGAGAACCCGUGCCUGAUAGUGGAGGAUUCCCAGCCGGACAGCGUCGGUCUGGAGGACGACCCGGAGAGCAGCUACCGAGCGCUGCUGGCCCGCCGCCUGUCAAGCCUGCAACCAGCCGCCCGCAGCCCGGUUCUGGAACUGAUAUCAUCACCACCAGGAAGCAGAUGCUCCCAAACUGACAGCCAAUCGGAGAGUAACAGUCAGGCUGAACCAGACAUCGCGGCUGCAGCCGACCCCAGAUCACCGCUGCAGGAGGAGAGUCAAGUUAUCAGCAUCUGUCCGCCGCCAAGCAAGAACAGGUUUGUACCAGAGGAUUCUGGAGCGGAUUCUACAACAAACUGCGUUCCGUCUGACGGUGGAUCUUCUCAGUUUGGAUUUCUUGAGCUCUCACAGAGUCAGGACCUUCAAGCUGACCAGGGCUUUGAGCGUCACUCUGAAAAGCAGCAGGGCGUCAGCUGCAAACCUUUGGCGAGUCGAGACAACAAUGCAGUGAGGUCAGAGGUGAGCUCCAGCAGCUCCUCUGAGUCUCUGGGCCAGUCAGGCCGCCAGCUGACCGUCAAGGUUCUGCUUCACUCCCAGAACCUGCAGGCCUCAGAGCAGCCAGACCACCAGGACUGUGAGAUCCUGUCUUCACAGGAGGACCUGUUUGAUGCUGAGAAGUUGGGUGCUGCUGUUGACAGCACAGUGGCUGAGCCGGAGCAGCAGGCUCAGCCCACCUCCACACCGGCCCACACCCUCCGGCUGCUGCAUCUGUCCGGACAGGGAACACUGGUGCAGGAAAGUCUGUCCCAGAGCUCCGUUGAUUACGUCGCCCCCACCCCAGACAACUUCACGCACACUCCUUUAAUUGUUCCGAGCUCGCCUACCGAAGCGGAAAAUGAACACGCAGAGGAACCCAUGGACACCUCACUUCCACCAGAGGAACAAGCAGCAGAAAAGGACGAUCCGAUGGAAACAGAGGCAGCCUCGAGACCCCACCCGUCUACCUCCACCCCUGAAUUCUCUGGUUCGGGACCGGAUCGAGCUCUCUCUGUCCCAACCCAGCCAGAGUUCUCUCAUGAUGUUUUUGUUCCAACGCAGAGCCAAGACGGUAGUAAGAAGUCCUCACCAUUGCCUUCUGAGACACAGUCUGAGCUCCGGGACUCGGCCCCAUUCACUGCACCGCUGCAGCUUUCCGUGAACACACAGAGCAGUAACCCGCUUCCAGUCGAGGAGGACAGUCAGGCCACACAGAUAGAAGAGCUGGAAGAGCCGCCUGGUGUCGACACCAGUGACUCUGUGACCUCAUGUCAUGUUCAGGAGAACAAGCGUAACGCCAUAAACUCAGCAUUACAAGCUGCUGAACCAUCAAACCAGCCUAGCCAGACUGAGCAGAAGCCUGAUCCGUCUCAGGAACCUGGCAUGCAGAAACGGGCAGAAGCUGCUUUGAAUGUACAAAAUGUGAAUGUAAAUGAAAUCAGCAACUCUAACCACUCUGAUGUGGCUGCAAACAGCUACGUGCAGGAGACUCCCUGCACCACCACACUCUGCAGUUUGCCUUCACAGUCAAUCAUCUCUCAAAGCUCACCUGUCGAUGUGAGUCCUGUCAGCUUGAGGGGAGAAACGGCCAAGACCCAACCUGUACAACAUCAGCAGGUAGUGGCCAGUGAUAGCCCGACAGACAAUAACAGGAUGGAUGACUGUGAGCGGCCGAAGGCGGUAGAGGAAGAGGAGUUGGUGAUGGAGGAGGAGAACACAGGUGGUGCCUCAGGAAUGGCUCUGGUCCUCUCCCAGAGUCAGCUGAUGUCUCCUGAGCCCAUGGAGGAGGAGAUCCAAGACAGGAGUCAGGACAGCAUCAUCGUUGUGACAGACAGCGAGAAAGAUGCCGCUUCCCAGUCAAAGACCAGUAUUUCUGAACCCAUCGGGACCAAGCGGUCCGUCACCGCUAACAGCCACCAGCGUCAGACUCAGGAAGAAAGGGCAGAUGUUGCUCUGGACGGGUCACCCCAGACUGGGAGCAUGAGGCAGGAACCAGAAAGUGUCAAAGAUAAGAGCCUGAGUGACAGCUCAGGAGAAAUUUCUUUCCACUUCACUCUUCCUAAAGAAGGGGAGCUGAUUGGUCCUGCCGUCAGCUCCACGCCGCCUCUGAUCAACCAGCUCAAGCAGACGCUCAGACACAGCACACCCAUCGAGAUUGCCCCCUUUUCCGAGAAGCCAGACAUCUCUCCGGAUGUGGCGCCGGCAGCCGGCGAUGUUGCGUCGGUAGAAGGAGGAGAGGACGCAGCUGGAAGGGAAGACGGGAAGCUGAGCUUGAGGAUGAAGCUGGUGACGCCCGUGGAGGAAGGAAGCUCUGAACGCUUCAGUCUGCAGAAGCCAGCUCUGUUGGAGGAGGAUGAAUUAGUCACCAAGGUUACGACUGUUUCCAUGGCUGUAACCAGCCCCUCAGUGUUCACUCGGGUUCGGCAGGUGCACCGACAGCAGGGGGCGGAGGAGGACAUUCAUCCUGGAAACAACACUGCAGCCAUCAGGGGGAAACUGUUUGCCUCUCCACAGAGGAGCUCCCAGGUUUCUUCCCUGGGUUGUAACAGCCUCCCUAACAGCCAGUCCGAGCUGUCACAGCAGGAUAUGUUGUCAGCACCGCAGAACAACCUAAGAGGUCCCCACGUUCCCGCAGAGCCAUCUGACAAGAGGCAAGAACCAUCUGAAGCUCCUAAUCUGCCUCUUCCCAACAGUGUUGAUGUGGGACCUAAGGAGGCUUCCCAGAAGACAUCUGAGAACUCCACCCACUCUACUCCGUCCAACAAGUCACGCCAGCGGACCGUCUCCCAGCAGACCAGCUUCGAUGGGCCGGGUCUGCGCUCACCUGCUGGCCGGGGGGAACCAGAAUCUCCAUCAUUCAGAAGAACCGCAGUGCCGACCCACCGCAGACACGUGCGUACCAUUCAGGAGGUCCGGACCACCAUCACACGGAUCAUCACAGACGUUUACUAUGAGGACGGCAGAGAGGUGGACCGUCGAGUCACAGAGGAGAGCGAGGAGCCAGUGGUGGACUGUCAGGUGCUGGACAGCGACAUCUCUCCAUGCCGCACAGGCAGCAGCUCUGUGACCUCUGGUGACCUCGGUGACAUCAGUUCCCUGUCGUCCAAGGCCUCCAGUCUACAUCACAGCUCCGGAGGGAUGAGCAGCAGCACCGGCCCCAUCAGGCCCGACUUCAUCAUGCCGCCCAACAGAGGGUUCAAAUCCAUCAGAUCGACGUCUGUGCAACCUGACCAACUCCCUUCAUCCCCUCUGUGUGUCUGCAGUCCCAGGAGGGGAGGUGGGCAUCCACAGAGGGGUCAUAGGGGUCACAGGGCGGGGUCAGUGGUCACUGUGGGCAGAGGCGGCAGCACAUUUGGGUCCAGGGCCUUCGUCCCACUGACCCCCAGAGGAAGGGCUAGAAGGGGCAGGCCCCCGUCCCACUCCUCCCUGUCCAGGGGUGUUGGUGUCGGCCCGCUGCAGAGGCUCGGCGCUCACACCCAGACACACUCCUCCUCGGAGGACGAGCCCUACACCUGCAUGCUGCCUCCACGCCUCCCCAUCAGCCCCGCGGACCCGGAGCACUCCGGCCGCUUGACCUCCCUGAGAUCGUCGCCGGAGGAGCCGUUCUCUGCCGGGAGCAGCUUCGUCGGCCUGCGCGUGGUCGCCAAGUGGUCGUCCAACGGCUACUUCUACUCGGGACGCAUUACGAAAAACGCCGGCGACGGCAGGUUCAGGCUCCGCUUUGAUGACGGCUACGAAUGCGAGGUGGCGGGGAAGGACAUCCUGCUGUGUGAUCCCAUCCCACUGGAGACGGAAGUCACGGCUCUGCUGGAAGACGAGUACUUCAGUAUAGGGGUUGUAAAGGGCCAUAAAACUGAGGGCCAGGAGCUGUUCUACAGCGUGGAGAAGGACGGUCAGAGGCAGUGGCACAACCGGACGGCAGUCAUCCUGUCUCUGGAGCAGGGAAACAAGCUGAGGGAGCAGCACAGCCUCGGACCCUAUGAGCCCACUACCCCCUUGACCAAAGCCUCCGACAUCAGCCUGGAUAACUUGGUGGAGGGGAAGAGAAGGCGCAGAGGAACCCCUGGGGGGGCCAACACACCCAACCGCAGCUCCUCCAGCAGUCCUCGGACCCCCGGCCCCUCUGGAAAGAGGAAACUGAUGCCGUCUGAGGAGACCAGGGUGCCCUCUAAGAGGGGACGCAGAGGGGGAGGAGCCAGAGCUGGUCAGCGGGUCGGAAUCUGCAACACCUCCGGCAGUGGCACGGAUCUCCCGGGACGAUCCUGUGACGUUGCGGAGACCCACGGCCCGCUGCCUCAGAACACGUCUCUGUUUAUGGGCUUCGCCUUCAUGCUGACGGCGUCGUCAGAGGUCGACCGGAUAACCAACAAGCUCACCAGUGAUGAUGAGGCAGAUUACGUUCAGACGGGUCCGUACAACAAACCGUACACAGAGGCCCAGCUGCAGGCCGGUGGAGGCUUCAUCCUGCCGGACUUCAACGAGGAGCAGUGUAAGGCGGCGUAUCAGAGCCUGCUCAUCGCAGACCAGCACUGCCGUACAAAGAAGUACCUGCUGUGUUUAGCCAGCGGGGUUCCAUGCGUGUCCCAUAUUUGGGUUCGAGACUGCUGCAAAGAGAACAAGCUGCUGAACUACAGAAACUACCUGCUGCCAGCCGGAGUGGGCCCGGAUGAUGCCAUAGUGGAGUGGCAUCCCCGCUCCAGCCCGUUUGAAGCCCUCCGUGUCCUCCUGGUGUCCCAGAAACCGGACGAGCUGUGGGUCCAGCUCGCGACAAUGGGCGGAGCCUCCUCCGUGCGGCAGCUCCAGGCAAACCCAGAAAGCUCCGAGGUUCCAGCCGGGAAGUACGACGUAGUCGUGACGGACCAUACCUGUCCGCCCGCCGUAGAGAAAAGUGUGACCUCACAGGAAGUGCCGAUCGUGUCUCCUGAGUGGCUCAUCCAGAGUGUGAUCUGUGGGGAGCAUCUUGGUUUUAACAGCAGGCCUCAGUAUUGCCACGACUACUCCUCCUCCUCUUCAUCCUCUUCCUAAUCUGACCCCACAAGUCCAUAAGGCCUUCAACCAAGCUCAGUGUUCUGUUGCAUGCCUCUUGUGUACAUAAACUGUGUUUUUAUGGGACAAUAAAUUGUGACAUGUUUCAUUUUAA